AAAAAAUGAGUAUAUUUUUAUUAAAUAAGUUAAUAAAAUAUAAAAAAUAUAUUUGGGCUCUCGAGAUUAUAACAACAAAUUCGUAUAAAUAAUGGGCAAAUGAGAGAACUAAAAAACGCAGUUCUCGUUGCGAAAUGAAAAAAAUCUUGUAUUCAGAAAUCUUACAUAUGCCUCGUGUUUAUUAUGGCUACCCCAAUGGUAAUGAUGUCCAAUAUUCUUGGAAUUGACAGAGUAAACAUGAAUGGUAAAACAAUCUUAAUCGAAGAGCAACAUGGUACCAAUGCAAAUUUCUUGGUGAAUGCCAUUUUAUUACAUGCAUUGAAAAGGAUGGAUGCCGCUGUUUGCCUCGUUCUUUGUCAUAAUACCCUUGGUCAUUAUCAUAACAUUGGCAUGAAAUUUGGCUACAAUCUUCUUAAUUUGAAAGGAAAGGGUCAGGUCACUGUUGUUGAACCAAUGAAAAUUAUAGCCAGCAAUAUCACUGAUAUGUAUAAAGGUUUUACAAAUGGAACAGAAACAAUAAUUCCAGAUGUCACUUCUACAGAACAUGUAGAUAUUGCACACAGAUUUUUUACAUGUGUCAAAGAAAAGUAUGAUGAAGCAGCAAGAUUUACUGAAUCUGUUGUCCUUAUUAUCGACGAUAUAAAUCAUCUCCUUAAUCUGGGUCUUAGUUUACGUGAUACUAUGUAUUUUAUAAGAUACUUAAGAUCGUUUAUAUCAUUGUAUCCCUUGUCGCAACUUUGUAUUCUUGCACAUAUGUAUCAAGACAAUCUACAGACUUCGAAUGCAGAUAUUAUUGCUAAUGCCUUAAAAUACAUGGCACAUCUGUGUGUUACGACACAACCAUUCAAGACAGGACAUUCUAGUGAUGCAUCCGGUAAACUAACUGUUUACUGGAAGACAGAUUCUGUUAGAUCUAAAUAUCAUUGGUUAGAGAAAACAAUACAUCUGUUUAAAUUGUUGGAUUGGCAAGUAAAGAUUUGUGCACCUGGUGCAAUGUCUAUCCUGUCAUAAAUAAUAAAUUUACAUUGCUCUAGUUUUUGAUAAUCGAUUUUUAUGUAUUUCUGAUAUUUAUAGUUACUAUAUAUAGAGAGA